UGAAGACGUUUUUUAAGCGUUUGGAAGUUGGACAAUCCUUCUCCUAUAAAGCCGUUAGAGCCGGCAGACUGCUGGAUGCGUGGACGUGUGUUCUCUCAGCUGUCUGACUGGAACUACCUGAUAAUUAUCUGAGACUAGUUUCUUGACACAGAGCUGGUCCUUGUCUUCUGUAGAGAAAUGUGGCGCAGAUUUUCACUGCUGGUUUUAUGCUGUGCUGUAAGGGGUCUUGAUGCUCUGGAGGCGGACAGAAGCGCUGACCCCUGGCUGGAGAAGAUGCUGUUGGUCGAAGCAGCGGAACUGGGGAAAGCGGACAAGGAUGCUCCCCGCGCAGCUAAAGUAGAGGACACUAUGCAGGGAGGGGAGCAGCACUCCUCGGGAAGAGACGCUCCUGUUGUGGGUGCGGAGGGGAGAGCUCAGCAGGCCACCGCCGACCCUCUUGAAGAGGAGCUGGAUAACCAGGAGAAUAUCAUUAGCCAGCUGCUGGGCGACUAUGACAAAGUAAAGACUGUGUCAUCAGGGUCUGACUGUGUGUGUCGCUGCAUUGUUCGACCAAUCAAACGCUCUGACUGCAGUCGUAUCUAUGACAGCGACCAGGCAUCAUCUCCCCAAGAUUCUUACACGGUGGAGACCAUUACCAAGGGAACAGACUGCAAGAAGUGUGUGUGCAUGGCUCCACCUUCAGCUGUCAACCCCUGUGAGGGAGAGUACAGGUUUAAAAAGCUACAAGAGGCCAGCAAAGAUGACAUUAAGCUGGCGACUAUUAUUGACUUGUUGGAGGGCUCUCUGUAUGGAAUGGAUUUGUUAAAGCUCCACUCCGUCACCACCAAGCUGCUGACCAGGGUGGACAACAUGGAGAAGGGUAUUGCCCGUAAUUUUACUGAGAGAGUAAGAGAGAAAGAACGUGUGAAGGAAAGAGCAAAAGAAAAGGACAAAGAGAAGAAAGCCCAGCAGAAAAAAAAGAAAGUUAAUAAUAUGGAGCGUGAAGGACAGAAAAGUGGAGCAGCUGCCUACGGCAACAAGCAGAACAAUAAUGAAUGUCAGCUGAAGAAGAACCAACAGCAGGAUGGUCUGGAACAACAGCCAACCAGGAAUAAGACGGGAACUCAAAAGCCAAUCAAAGACAAGAACAGCAUGGUCAUCAAGGGUGUGACCUUUUACAAGGCCGAGGAGGAAAGCUACAAAGAGGAAGAGAAGGAUGAGAAAGGGAAAGGAAAAAAUAUGGACUUACUGAUCUCCGAGCCACCUACUUUGACAUUCCCCACCAAGAGUCCGGGUCCUUCAACCACUGUGAGCACACAACUAGACCUUCAGGACCUAUUAAGGAGGCCAAUCAGGCCUGCACCCACCCAGCAACCAACAGUUCCCCCAACUACCACCCAAAAAAACACAACUACAACCAAACCAGUUCCCACCACCACUAAACAAACGACUGAAUCUACCACUAACAUACCACCGACAACUCCAAAACCAACUACAAUCAAAACAGUUCCCACCACCACCACCACCAAACAAAUGACUGAAUCAACCACUAACAUACCACCAACAACUCCAAAACCAACUACAACCAAAACAGUACCAACCACCAUCAAACCAACAACUACUAUUCAGCCUACCCGGCACGUCAAUCAGCAUACCACCUCACUCUCGGAUACCAAUUUAGGUCCACCCAAUGAUGUGUCUCCCCCGGCAGAUACUCAGCCAGGAUCCAAAAGUCGGCUCAGCUGGACGGAAAGCCCUGCUGACAAACCAGGGACCACAAAAAAGCCUGCCGUGUGUAAGGACACAGUAGCCAGCAUCUCUGAACCGGUUCAGCAGAACUCUUACGGCCUCAGUGCUGGAGCUUGGAUGAGAGAUGCUCAUGGCCAUGGCAACGUCAUCUACCUUACUAAUGGUCACUAUGGCAACAACCUCCUAGAGUUCCGAGACAUGGACACCUUCAAAUCAGGUCAGGCAAGUAACUCAUACAAGCUGCCCUACAGUUUUACUGGAACUGGCCACGUUGUGUUAAAUGGAGCUUUCUACUACAACCGUGCCUUCAGCAGGGACAUCAUCAGAUAUGACCUGAGACACAGAUAUGUAGCCGCCUGGACCACACUACAUGAUGCUAUACUGGAGGAGCAAGUUCACCGGACACAAACUGAGGUGCAGUUUGCUGUUGAUGAGUCAGGCCUGUGGCUGCUCUACCCCGCUCUGGACACAGAAGGCUUCCACCAGGAAGUAAUCCUGCUCAUCCACCUCCGCCACCGAGACCUGCAGCCAAUACAGAGCUACCGCACAGGUCUUCGGCGCGGUCGCUACGGAAACAGCUUCCUGGUUUGCGGCGUGCUUUAUGCAGUGAACAGUAUGGAGCAUCGCUACGCUAAUGUCACAUAUGCCUUUGAUACACACACGCUCACACACACCGUGCCGAGCCUGGCGUUCACCAACAUGCACGCACACACCUCUCAGGUGGCUUACUGCCCAUUAGACAAGAAACUGUACGCAUGGGACAAUGCACACCAGAUGACGUAUGAUGUCAUCUUCGCCUAUUAGUACAAUGAAUGGACACACAGUUGGAAGAUUUAACAGCAAUCCAGCAUAUCCAGCGAAGAAAGCUGAGGACAGAAGACUUCCGAAAAUGACUGACAGAUAUUUAUCAAUGUUUGGUUUCUAAAUGACUGUGGAUCAGUCUAACUGAAUGUGUUUUUUAUAUUGACCUCUGCUGCUGCUUUGUCACACACACACACACACACACACACACACACACACACACACACACACACACACACACACACACACACACAUACACACACACCAAAGUCAGUAUCAAGCAGCAAGAGAAGCAUUUAACUAAAAAAACAAGUGGAAAUAUACAGAGGUUACAUGAAUGAAAAACUACAGUAUGUAUACAUGUCCCCCUGCAUACUCACACUGUGAUGGAGAAAUCACUGUGGAGUGAACAUGCAUGAGUACACACAUGUCCACUCCCAUAUUUAACACCAAUGGUUCUGAAAAAAGCUGUUAAUGACCCUGGUUAUCCUCUUCUUUAAGAACAUGUGCUUCUAGCAUUUGAGUUUGUGGACAAAAACACACUUUCUCACAUCAAGUUUAUUUUUCCUGAAUGAUGAUCAGUGUGCAUGAGCGUUUCCUAUACGUUUUCAGUUCUCUCUUUCUGGUAUGACCUUCCAUGAGUUCAGUGCUUGGCAACAGGAGUUAUUAGUAUCAUGUUAAGUGGGAUUGAUCUAGUCUUUGAAAAGUUCCACUUUCAUUAGAGUUAAAAAUCACAUUUUGUAAAGUUUAAGAGAGAGCACUAUUCACCUUUGGCUUUAAGACCACAACGUAUGAGCCUGUGUUUACCUUUUUAAGUUGAAAAUAAAUAAAUAAUCUUAACUCCACUCACUAGCUUGUUUAUAACUUCCAUUCUCAAAUAGAGGUGUGAAGUUAGGAAGACCUAGGCAUUGAGCAAGCAGGGUCGGUCGGAUGAAAGAUGCUAUUGGGUGGACAGGGAGGAUCCAGUGUUUUUGGGAAUAAAAGUCCAAAUAUCUUGGGCUCCGCUGCAUCAAUUUUGACCAACUCUGUCUCUUGUGAAUCACCUAACUUCAUGGAAGUGCAACAGUUCAGGGUUUCGGCCAUAAACAAAAUCCCUGAACUCCUAUACAGGCUUAUGCUACUAAAAAUCAAUAAGCUACUGUAAUCAGAAAUAUAACGUCAGAUAAAACCAGACAUGACAUUUUAAUUAGAGUAAAAACUGAUUCUGAUAAUGAGUUAUGAUAGACACUUCAUACUAUAUGCAUUGCCUAUGCAGAGUAAUGCCUUUAUUUUCAGGAUGUAAUGAAGCAGCAGCCUAUUUUUUUUUACAUGGUCAAAGUGUGUACUGUACUACAUUGUAUACUGGUUUAUUUGUAUUAUGUCUGCUUAGUGUGUUGCAUAUUUACCUUCACUCCUGUCCUGUAAUGUUCUUAUCAUAAGGUAUGGAGCUCUAACCCUGGUACAGUUAGGGCUUCAUCUACCAUUGAAGUUCAUUCAUUUAAAACCAUUUGUAAAUCUAAAGACAAGGUUGGUUUCAACUGCUUUAAUACAAGU